AUGCGGGGGUGAGCGAUCCCACGCACCGCAGAUCUCAUGAUCUUAGUCGUGAGCAGAGAGAACUGAGACCGACAUGGCAGCACAGGCAGAGCUGAGACUGAGAGGAAGAGAGUAUGAGAACCCUGAGAGACUGUGACCAUCCGAAGCAGUGAUAGAGGACUGAGAUUGAACCGCACACCGAGAAGAAUAGAGCCGAGGACGGACAGGAGAGAGUGAUGAGAGAGAGAUGAGAGAAGACAGAGAAGAGGAAGAGAGAGGAGCCUGAGGAGAGAGAGGAGCGAUACAAGAGACGAGAGAGGAGAGGAACCUCGAGGCCGAGGAGAGAGAGACAGAAGAGAGGAGAAGUCUGAAGAGAGAGGAUGAGAGGAGCUUGACGAGAAAGAGCGAGAGAGUCGAGAGAGAGAGAGAGGAGCCACGACGAGAGAGAGAGAGGAGAGAGGACCGAGGAGAUGAGAGGAGAGAGAGAGGAGCCGCGAGAGAGAGGAAUGCAGGAGGAGAGAGACGAGGAAGAGAGAGAGAGAGGAGAGAGAGAGAGAGGAGAGAGAGAGAGAGGAUUUGAGAGAAGGACGAGAGAGGAGAGCGACGAGAUGAUGGAUGAGAGAGAGAGAUGAGGAGAGAGAGAGCGAGAGAGAGAGAGGAGGAAAAAAAUAUAGGGAUGAGUAUACAGUGAGGGAAAAGUAUUUGAUCCCCUGCUGAUUUUGUACGUUUGCCCACUGACAAAGAAAUGAUCAGUCUAUAAUUUUAAUGGUAGGUUUAUUUCAACAGUGAGAGACAGAAUAACAACAAAAAAAUCCAGAAAAACGCAUGUCAAAAAUGUUAUAAAUUGAUUUGCAUUUUAAUGAGGGAAAUAAGUAUUUGACCCCUCUGCAAAACAUGACUUAGUACUUGGUGGCAAAACCCUUGUUGGCAAUCACAGAGGUCAGACGUUUCUUGUAGUUGGCCACCAGGUUUGCACACAUCUCAGGAGGGAUUUUGUCCCACUCCUCUUUGCAGAUCUUCUCCAAGUCAUUAAGGUUUCGAGGCUGACGUUUGGCAACUCGAACCUUCAGCUCCCUCCACAGAUUUUCUAUGGGAUUAAGGUCUGGAGACUGGCUAGGCCACUCCAGGACCUUAAUGUGCUUCUUCUUGAGCCACUCCUUUGUUGCCUUGGCCGUGUGUUUUGGGUCAUUGUCAUGCUGGAAUACCCAUCCACAACCCAUUUUCAAUGCCCUGGCUGAGGGAAAGAGGUUCUCACUCAAGAUUUGACGGUACAUUGCCCCGUCCAUCGUCCCUUUGAUGCGAUGAUAGUUGUCCUGUCCACUUAGCAGAAAAACACCCCCAAAGCAUAAUGUUUCCACCUCCAUGUUUGACGGUGGGGAUGGUGUUCUUGGGGUCAUAGGCAGCAUUCCUCCUCCUCCAAACACGGCGAGUUGAGUUGAUGCCAAAGAGCUCGAUUUUGGUCUCAUCUGACCACAACACUUUCACCCAGUUCACCUCUGAAUCAUUCAGAUGUUCAUUGGCAAACUUCAGACGGCCCUGUAUAUGUGCUUUCUUGAGCAGGGGGACCUUGCGGGCACUGCAGGAUUUCAGUCCUUCACGGCGUAGUGUGUUACCAAUUGUUUUCUUGGUGACUAUGGUCCCAGCUGCCUUGAGAUCAUUGACAAGAUCCUCCUGUGUAGUUCUGGGCUGAUUCCUCACCGUUUUCAUGAUCAUUGCAACUCUACAAGGUGAGAUCUUGCAUGGAGCCCCAGGCCGAGGGAGAUUGACAGUUAUUUUGUGUUUCUUCCAUUUGCGAAUAAUCGCACCAACUGUUGUCACCUUCUCACCAAGCUGCUUGGCGAUGGUCUUGUAGCCCAUUCCAGCCUUGUGUAGGUCUACAAUCUUGUCCCUGACAUCCUUGGAGAGCUCUUUGGUCUUGGCCAUGGUGGAGAGUUUGAAAUCUGAUUGAUUGAUUGCUUCUGUGGACAUGUGUCUUUUAUACAGGUAACAGGCUGAGAUUAGGAGCGCUCCCUUUAAGAGUGUGCUCCUAAUCUCAGCUCGUUACCUGUAUAAAAGACACCUGGGAGCCAGAAAUCUUUUUGAUUGAGAGGGGGUCAAAUACUUAUUUCCCUCAUUAAAAUGGAAAUCAAUUUAUAACAUUUUUUACAUGCGUUUUUCAGGAUUUUUUUGUUGUUAUUCUGUCUCUCACUGUUCAAAUAAACCUACCAUUAAAAUUAUAGACUGAUAAUUUCUUUGUCAGUGGGAAAACGUACAAAAUCAGCAGGGGAUCAAAUACUUUUUUCCCUCACUGUACAUACAGAGAGCAGAGGGAGAGAGAUGAGAAAAAGAGAGGAAGGAAGGACAUGAACAGAGUGAGUGACAGAAAGGAGGGCGAGAGAGAGCAAAGUGGUGGAGAUAUUUAGGAGAUACCCUGUUCCAGCAGUACUAAAUUGCUCAGAGCUAAGUCUGCAAUCUUACAUUUACAUUACAUUUGAGUCAUUUAGCAGACACUUUUAUCCAGAGCGACUUACAGUUAGUGAGUGCAUACAUUUUUUUUCAUACAUCUUAAAUGAGUAGUCAGACAAAGACAUAAUCUUGAUGUAAAAUGUUGAGAAUUGAGUAAAACCUCACAUAGGCUACGCCAGCAGGAUAGAGAAGGCUCUUAUACAACAUCGUGCGGUUAAAGAUAUCAUUUUUCACUAGCACAUUCCCCAACAGUAAGAUGGAAACAUUGGUUACACAUAUACAAUAGCUGCAAAGAAGUCGGAUUCAGAUCAUUUAAAGCCUCAUUGAUCACAGCCUGGCCACACACACACACACACACACUCUCACACUCACACACACACACAUAUGAGCAUGAUCCAUAUUUGAUGCAUGAUGUAUUUGACUAUUGUACCAUACUGGUUAGUUAAUUAAUUUCAUGCUUAGACCGUAGCAAAAGGCAAUUGUUACAGAGAAAUAAUUAGAAUUUGAAAAAAGAGUGUGAGUGCAGGGCAGGACAAGAGAAGGUUGUACUAAGAGACGAAGAGAUUGGGAGAGAGCGAGUGGGAGAGAGCGAGUGGGAGAGCGAGUGGGAGAGAGAGUGGGAGAGAGAGAGAGAGAGUGAGAUGGAGAGAGAAAGCAGCAUAGGAUGAGGAAGUGAGACAGAAAAAGGGAGGUGGUGGUUGUGAUAAGUGCUUUCUGUAAGUGUGAGCAAGAGAAAGAGAUGAGUGUGUGUGCUGGGUGUCACAGAUGGACCUCUGAACACUAGGAUGGGAGUGGAGAGUGUGAUGGAGUGCAUGGGAGGGAGGGAGGGAGGGGGGUGAUAAGUGUGUGCUCACAGUGUAAGUGACAUCUUCCUCCCUCAGACAGAUUGUCUCUAUCUCCAUCUAAUGGGUUAACAAGAAGUGUGUCAAAGCAACAUUAUGUCUCAUUAUGAAUACUGAUAUGACGACAGACAAAGAAAACACCAGUGCGCAUGCAUGCACACACUAAGAAAGGUGCAAAGCAAAAUGUUCUUUAUAUGUAUGUUCUCAGAAAUGCUUAUUCAACAAAACUGUAAAUAUAGUGAGUGCUGGCCCUUUUUUUGACACAUACUACUGAGUCUGACUCCCACAGAGCAGGAAUAGGGAAAUGUGUGGUGAACGGUAGCAGGGGCCUCUGUUGCCUCCCUGUUGUGCAGUCUGUCUCUGCAUCUUCUCUGCUGUCACUCUGUCUAUCUCUGUCUGUCUGUCUGUCACUCCAAAGUGUUAAUUGCUAUUACAUAUAGAGACAACAUAUUAAGGAACUAGGAGUACAUCUGUGUCUCUUAGUUUUUUUCCUACCUCCACUGCACUCACCUCUGAGCUGUCUCUGCUAAGCCUAGCAUCCUUUCCCACAGCACUGGUACCAGAAGACCAGGGGACCACACUGCCUGUGCUGGGCCCAUCAACAUCCUAGUUGUGAAUGAAUAAACACACUUAUUAGAUAAAUAAGAAAGAUUACUGAAUAAAUGCCUAAUAGAUGACCAUUGGCUCAUAGUACCUUAUGAAAGCCUUACGACUUAUAUUGCAUGUAUAAGUACCUGGCUGUAAUACAUGUCCCUCCCUAUCCUAAGGGUUGAUUACUAUUACAUAUAUAAUAUUGAGCCAGGUACAGCAGGAAUGCCUACCAAUGGCAUGCCCAUCUUUUUGGGAGAAAUUACACUGGUCACUCAAAACAUUUAUAAAGUAUGUAUAAAGUAUACAUAGCACUCACUUUAGAUUAGGGACUGCAAAAAUACUUUAUUAAAGAUUAGUAAAUGGUCUAUUAAUUUGGGAGUAAUGAUUAAUACAUGGUGAACACACAAUUUAUAUAUACCUUAUAAAUGGUUUAUUACGGAGCCUUAAAAUAAAGUGUUACCCAUCCUAGUUGUGAAUGAAUAAACACAUAUAUUAGACAAAGAAGAACAUCACUGAAUAAAUGCCUUAUAGGUGACAAUUGGCUUAUAUAAUACCUUAAAAGCCUAACUACAUAUUUAAAAUUAGUGCAUUUCAAGUGUUCCCCUGCCCACAUAGCUAUGUGUUUGCAGUGCCUUCAGAAAGUAUUCAUACCCAAUGACUUAUUCCACAUUUUGUUGUGUUACAGCCUGAAUUCAACAUUGAUUAACUAUAUUGUUUUCUCACGCAUCUGGACACAAUACCCCACAAUGACAGAGUGAAAACAUGUUUUUAUAAAUUUAGCACAUUUAUUGAAAAUGAAAUAAAGAAAUAUUUAAUUUACAUAAGUAUUCACAUCCCUGAGUCAAUACUUUGUAGAAGCAUCUUUGGGAGCGAUUACAGCUGUGGUUCUUUUUGGGUAAGUCUCUAAGAGCUUUGCACACCUGGAUUGUACAAUAUUUGCCCAUUAUUCAAUUAAAAAUUCUUCAAGCUCAGUCAAGUUGAUUGUUGUUCAUUGCUAGACAGUCAUUUUCAGGUCUUGCCUUAGAUAUUCAAGCCGAUUUAAGUAAAAACUGUAACUAGGCCACUCAGGAACAUUCAAUGUCAUCUUGGAUAUCAACUCCAGUGUAUAUUUGGCCAUGUGUUUUAGGUUAUUGUCUUACUGAAAGGUGAAUUCCUAGUGUCUGUUGGAAAGCAAACUGAGCCAGGCUUUCCUCUAGGAUUUUGCCCGCGCCUAUAGCUGUAUUCCAUUAAUUUUUAUCCCAAAAAACGUCCUAGUCCUUGCCGAUGACAAGCAUACCCAUAACAUGAUACAGCCACCACCAUGCUUGAAAAUAUGAUGAGUGGUACUCAGUGAUGUGUUGGAUUUGUCCCAAACAUAACGCUUUGUAUUCAGGACAAAAAGUAAAUUUCUUUGCCACAUUUUUUGCAGCAUUACUUAAGUGCCUUGUUGCAAACGGGAUGCAUAUUUUUGUUUUAUACAGGCUUCCAUCUUUUCACUCUGUCAUUUAGGUUAGUAUUGUGGAGUAAAUACAAUGUUGUUGAUCCAUCCUCAGUUUUCUCAUAUCACAACCAUUAAUCUCUAUAACUGUUUUAAAAUCACCAUUGGCCUGGGUGUAUUGCCCAAAUUGACCUUUAUACAUGAUGACUUGUGUUUAGCAAAAGGCACUGUAUAAAUGUCUAGUAGAUGGCUAUUGCCUUACCUAUGUGUUAUAAAAGCCAAUCUAAUGGCUUGUUAGACUAUUUUGCAGGUAGCCUAGUGUCUAAAUUUUCCUCCGAAUCCCCCCUUCACUAAUUAGCCUACUAUAGUAGGUAUGAAAUAUAUUCCAUACAAUAUACAGCCAAAAUAUUAGGCCUAACUGGCAGCAGUAGGCUAUAUGAUCUGUGUCAGUGUGCGUUAGUGUUUCUUUCUCUGUUUUCUUCCUACCUCGACUGCACCACAGCAGCUUACAUUGGGGGAAAAAAGUAUUUAGUCAGCAACCAAUUGUGCAAGUUCUCCCACUUAAAAAUAUGAGAGAGGCCUGUAAUUUUCAUCAAAGGUACAUGUCAACUAUGACAGACAAAAUGAGGAAAAAAAAUCCAGAACAUCACAUUGUAGGAUUUUAUAUGAAUUUAUUUGCAAAUUAUGGUGGAAAAUAAGUAUUUGGUCAAUAACAAAAGUUUCUCAAUACUUUGUUAUAUACCCUUUGUUGGCAAUGACACAGGUCAAACGUUUUCUGUAAGUCUUCACAAGGUUUUCACACACUGUUGCUGGUAUUUUGGCCCAUUCCUCCAUGCAGAUCUCCUCUAGAGCAGUGAUGUUUUGGGGCUGUCACUGGGCAACACAGACUUUCAACUCCCUCCAAAGAUUUUCUAUGGGGUUGAGAUCUGGAGACUGGCUAGGCCACUCCAGGACCUUGAAAUGCUUCUUACGAAGCCACUCCUUCGUUCCCCGGGCGGUGUGUUUGGGAUCAUUGUCAUGCUGAAAGACCCAGCCACGUUUCAUCUUCAAUGCCCUUGCUGAUGGAAUGAGGUUUUCACUCAAAAUCUCACGAUACAUGGCCCCAUUCAUUCUUUCCUUUACACGGAUCAGUCGUCCUGGUCCCUUUGCAGAAAAACAGCCCCAAAGCAUGAUGUUUCCACCCCCAUGCUUCACAGUAGGUAUGGUGUUCUUUGGAUGCAACUCAGCAUUCUUUGUCCUCCAAACACGACGAGUUGAGUUUUUACCAAAAAGUUCUAUUUUGGUUUCAUCUGACCAUAUGACAUUCUCCCAAUCCUCUUCUGGAUCAUCCAUAUGCACUCUAGCAAACUUCAGACGGGCCUGGACAUGUACUGGCUUAAGCAGGGGGACAUGUCUGGCACUGCAGGAUUUGAGUCCCUGGCGGCGUAGUGUGUUACUGAUGGUAGGCUUUGUUACUUUGGUCCCAGCUCUCUGCAGGUCAUUCACUAGGUCCCCCCGUGUGGUUCUGGGAUUUUGCUCACCGUUCUUGUGAUCAUUUUGACGCCACAGGGUGAGAUCUUGCGUGGAGCCCCAGAUCGAGGGAGAUUAUCAGUGGUCUUGUAUGUCUUCCAUUUCCUAAUAAUUGCUCCCACAGUUGAUUUCUUCAAACCAAGCUGCUUACCUAUUGCAGAUUCAGUCUUCUCAGCCUGGUGCAGGUCUACAAUUUUGUUUCUGGUGUCCUUUGACAGCUCUUUGGUCUUGGCCAUAGUGGAGUUUGGAGUGUGACUGUUUGAGGUUGUGGACAGGUGUCUUUUAUACUGAUAACAAGUUCAAACAGGUGCCAUUAAUACAGGUAACGAGUGGAGGACAGAGGAGCCUCUUAAAGAAGAAGUUACAGGUCUGUGAGAGCCAGAAAUCUUGCUUGUUUGUAGGUGACCAAAUACUUAUUUUCCACCAUAAUUUGCAAAUAAAUUCAUUAAAAAUCCUACAAUGUGAUUUUCUGGAUUUUUUUCCCUCAAUUUGUCUGUCAUAGUUGACGUGUACAUAUGAUGAAAAUUACAGGCCUCUCUCAUCUUUUUAAGUGGGAGAACUUGCACAAUUGGUGGCUGACUAAAUACUUUUUUCCCCACUGUAUCUGUCAUUUCUCACAGACAGAGCACUCAGACCAGCAGAACCAGAAAUUUUAGUAAAUAAGUCGUUUAAUUUCACUCAUUUAGCAGCGUCGGCCUCAAGAGCUCUUUUUUGGUCUCUAACGUUUUCGGGAACACAUUUCCGUUUUUCUGUUUUGACUGAGUGACUGACACAGUGGCGAUUUUAGCAUGUCAAUCUUGGUGGGGCAAACUCCCUAAAAAUGUUUUUAGAUGCAUGCCAGCAAAGCCACUACACAACACAACACAACUCUAAACAAUACAUUAAUUGCACUAUAACGGUGACAAAUAGUGCCCACAAACUGUUAGGGCCUACGUAAAGCUGUCCCAACAGCAGAGCUUUCUUUUCAGCACCAUGGAGUGAAUACUUACCACUGCUACACCUGGCCUUGCCUGGCAGCGAAACAGUUCAUUCAGCCUCAUUUACUGCCUUUAAAAAAACAUUGCUGAUAUGGCUGACUUGCUUAAACAAAUUUGUUUUUUACUGACAAUGUACAAACUAUGGCAUAAGGGGACGACGAGCGGAUAAGAGGCAAUCCGUAAUUUCGAUUAAGACAUUAAUGAGCGAGCUAGGAUGGACGUAGUCAAUAUAACUAUUUGUUCAGCACUUUUGAAAUGUACAGCGACAGAAUUCAGAACAUGGGCCGUUCUUACAGUAUUCUCCCUGUACACCAAGUCAGAACUGUAGGAUAAAUAAAGGGGGCAUAUAAGCAGACAAAGAAAGCUCUUACAAUAUUUGAUGAUGACAUUUCUCUAAAACAGGCUAUAGGCUACAUGUGCACCACUAAGUCAGAACAGUUAUGAGGGUGAAAGGGACCAAAUAAUGAGGGUGAGGCACAUGGGCUACUAACAGCUUACUACACAACAUACACUUAGUAUUACUUUCUUAGCUACAGCAUACAUAUCUCCCUGACAUAUUACAUCAUUUAUGUAGCAGCAUACAAUACAUUGUUGGACUCACCUUGUUGUGCUGUUCUCACUUGAACAGGAAGGUGGCGCGGCGGUCCUUCUUGUGGCAAAUUUUGUCAUCAAACUUUGUCAUCAAAGUCUGGGAACUCGGGAAAAAACUCGGAAAAAGUCGAAUGAUGACGUCAGUGAUCUUCAGGUCGGAGCUCUAGAAAGACGCCUGAGUUCCCUACUUGCAAUUCCGAGUUGGAUGACCGUUCAAAACGUAUUUUCCCAGUCAGAGUUCCCAGUUGUCUUGAACUCACUGUCUGCGAUUUCCCAGUUCCGAGUUUCCAGUUGUUUAGAGCGUGGCAGAAGUCAUGCUGGAUUGACAGCAUGGCCAAUGUUGAAUGUUUAUCCUUUUAAGCUUGGAAAAGAGACCCUUAAACCCAGACUUGGACCACACACCCACUCCACUGAAUAGCAGGCUAGUGAUUGCUUUGCAAUGCUUGCAGUUAGCCACUGAUUCCUUGCAAACCACUCAUUGUUGAAUUUUCGAUUUCCAACUUGUGUAAUGUUUAUGUCCAAUGGCCGAUGAGCACCGAUACGUUCUAUCUAUAAUUUAUCUUCAUAAUUUCUCUUCGUAUGACAAGGAUUGAAAAUGAUUUGCCAGUAGAUUGUCGACUUGAUUCAUGAUGAUGACUGCUAGCUUGCUAGCUAAGAUUUUGAAAGUAUGAUGUUGACAUGAGUAGAUAUAACGUGAUUUGAUGUCAUUUUAUCUGUGGCCAAUGACCUUGAGCCUUCUUGGGCUUGAAUUUUCAAGCUCUCCCCAUAUAUUUUGCGGUGACAUAGUGUCCCCAUGAGUGACAGAACACUGAGCCAAUCACGGCGCAACUAGAGAACAUUACCAACCCCUACGCUCCGUAUUUUCCGCUGGCUGCCCCACCACCACAGAAAGCACUGAGCUAGGCUGAAACACCUGCGUUUUGGAGCUGCAUUACUCAAGAAAGCAAAAAAGAGACCAUGUUUGUAUGCGGCUUUAUUAACUCAAUGAUUUUUUUUUGAUUGUUUGCAUACUGAUAUGUGACACGUAUUAAUGCCAAAAUAACAUGCAAAACAGGCAACAAGCAAAACAGGUGGGGAUCCGUUUGACUUUGAAUGUGAAUUUGCGCCACCUGAGCUCAGCCAAUCAGAAAACCGGGCCAGCCCAUCUUGGUAGGGGGGCCGGCCGUUGCCCACUGGUUAGCCAAAUGCUCAAUAUGGAUGAUUAUAAUAACAGAGAAAUGGUGCAAAAGUCAUUUUAAAAAAACAGGCCCAUGGCAAAUGCCAGAAGUGCCGGACCAUCUUUUAUUGGGGUGGGCUGGUCCCCAAAAAACUAAAACAUUCAUACAUACAGUACCAGUCAAAAGUUUGGACACAUCUACUCAUUCAAGGGUUUUUCUGAAUUUUUUACUAUUUUCUACAUUGUAGAAUAAUAGUGAAGACAUCAAAACUAUGAAAUAACACAUAUGGAAUCAUGUAGUAACCAAAAAAGUGUUAAACAAAUCAAAAUAUAUUUUAUAUUUGAGAUUCUUCAAAAUAGCCACCUUUGACUUGAUGACAGCUUUGCACACUCUUGGCAUUCUCUCAACCAGCUUCGUGCGGUAGUCACCUAGAAUGCAUUUCAAUCAACAGAUGUGCCUUGUUAAAAGUUAAUUUGUGGAAUUUGUGGAAUUUCUUUCCUUCUUAAUGCGUUUGAGCCAAUCAGUUGUGUUGUGACAAGGUAGGGUUGGUAUACAGAAGAUAGCCCAAUUUGGUAAAACACCAAGUCCAUAUUAUGGCUAGAACAGCUCAAAUAAGCAGAGAAAGAGAAAUGACAGUCCAUCAUUACAUUAAGACAUGAAGGUCAGUCAAUCCGGAAAAUGUCAAGAACUUUAAAAUUUUCUCCAAGUGCGGUUGCAAAAACCAUCAAGCGCUAUGAUGAAACUGGAUCUCAUGAGGACCACCACAGGAAAAGAAGACCCAGAGUUACCUCUGCUGCAGAGGAUAAGUUCAUUAGAGUUAACUGCACCUCAGAUUGCAGCCCAAAUAAAUGCUUCACGUAGUGCAAAUAACAGACAAAUCUCAACAUCAACUGUUCAGAGGAGACUGCGUGAAUCAGGCCUUCAUGGUCAAAUUGCUGCAAAUAAACCACUACUAAAGGACACCAAUAAGAAGAGACUUGCUUGGGCCAAGAAACAUGAGCAAUGGAUAUUAGACAGGUGGAAAUCUGUCCUUUGGUCUGAUAAGUCCAAAUUUGAGAUUUUUGGUUCCAACCGCCGUGUCUUUGUGAGACGCAGAAUAGGUGAAUGGAUGAUAUCCGCAUGUGUGGUUCCCAUUGUGAAGCAUGGAGUGUGGGAGUGCUUUGCUGGUGACACUGUCAGUGAUUUAUUUAGAAUUCAAGGCACACUUAACCAGCAUGGCUACCACAGCAUUCUGCAACGAUAGGCCAUCCCAUCUGGUUUGCGCUUAGUCAUUUUUUUUUCAACAGGACAAUGACCCAAAACACACCUCCAGGCUGUGUAAGGGUUGUUUGAUGGAGUGCUGCAUCAGAUGACCUGGCCUCCACAAUUACCCGACCUCAACCCAAUUGAGAUUGUUUGGGAUGAGUUGGACCGCAGAGUGAUAGGAAAAGCAGCCAACAAGUGCUCAACAUAUGUGGGAACUACUUCAAGACUGUUGGAAAAGCACCUCAUGAAGCUUGUUGAGAGAAUGUUGAGAGAAUGCCAAGAGUGUGCAAAGCUGUCAUCAAGGCAAAGGGUGGCUACUUUGAAGAAUCUGAAAUAUAAAAUAUAUUUUGAUUUGUUUAACACUUUUUGGUUACUACAUGAUUCCAUAUGUGUUAUUUCAUAGUUUUGAUGUCUUCACUAUUAUUCUACAAUGUAGAAAAUAGUAAAAAUAAAGAAAAACCCUUGAAUGAGUAGGUGUGUCCAAACUUUUGACUGGUACUGUAUGUAUAAAUGUUUUCGUUUUUUGGGGACCAGCCCACCCCAAUAAAAGAUGGUCCUUCUGGCAUUUGCCAGAAUUGCCAGACGGCCAAUCCGCCUGUGAACGGUCGUUAGAAUGUUCAUUGAGAUAUUUAGAUAAGUCAGAUCUACUUCAAAUGAGUUCGUAUCGACUACGAUAAUCUGUAAUAUGAAUUCCCUGGCCAUUUAUAUCCUCUCAUCUCUCUCUUUCUCUCUCCCUCUUUCCCACCCCUUUCUCCCUCUCUUCUGCCCCUCUCUCUCUUGGUCCCCCCCCCCCCCCCCCCCUCCAUCUCUCCCAGGUUCUCUAUUGAUCCCCAGUCAGACCCAGAGGCUCUGUUCCGUAUCACCCCGGACAGCGGCCUCAUCACCACGGUCAUGGAGCUGGACCGCGAGCGCGAACAAUGGCACAACAUCACCGUCAUCGCCACGCAGAGAGGUCAGAGGACACAACUAUGUAAUCAUUUAGAGCUAGGAGUUUUUCCUGACGACUUGAUCUGACCAGGAUAAACUCUGGACUAGCUAUAGCCUGCCUUUUCACCCUAGUCAUUACACCUAUAAACCCUCAGAAAAUGAAGCCGUAGAGAGUUGAAGUACAAUACACUCCACUAAGCAGCAUUACUUUAUAUGUCUUGAUGGCUUAUAUUAGCUACACAGUACCAGUGGUACCAGCAGUAGCAGGACUGAAGUGCUCCAAUGCUUUAUUCAUGGUGAUAGUAGUAGGGCUUAUAGCAAUGUUAGUACCGGGUGUGAAAUUAGGUGGAAUCAAUGGAGGGCCACCACCUUAGGAUGGGAGACAGCAGAUCCUAAUUAAACUACCUUUUCCACCAGCUAAGACAAAUCCCAAAUUAACCCCUUAAAGUCAUAUCAGUUAGUGGUAACACAGUAGUACCAACAGUAGUGGUUAGUGUGGUUACAGUGCUGGUCUUUAUUUAGGCAGCGCCACUGGCCAGCGUGGCAGUGGGUCUUCAGUAGUGGUAAUGCUGCUGCCAGAGUUGAAUAAUGAGCUCCAUAGUGUAACCAGACCGUUGGAGGCAGUAUCAGUAUUGCUAACUGUCUCUUCUCUCAGUGGCCAGAGGCAGCCACUCUCCUCUGCUCUCACUGCCUGCCACUACACUGGGAGCUCAUUGCCUGCAAUGUGGAGCUAUGGCUUCCAUCCAUAACAUGGUGUUACUGCUCAGAGUGUGUGAACACAGUCCAAAGAGACUGUAUGGUUAGCUGCCCAAAAUGGGUGAUGGUGCAUUCCAAACAUGGGGUGUGUGUGUAUGUGUGUGUGUGUGUGUGUGUGUGUGUGUGUGUGUGAAUGCAGUGUGGACUCUGUCCCAAUCCAUUUAAACUGUGCCCUGAUGUAACUGCUUUGCAUGCAUGUUAGAUCUCCUUACAUGCAUAUUGUCAUUGUUUGAUGCUGGAGCUUUGAAAAGACCGUUUGAUGUGGAAAGAGAGGAAUGGAGGCCCUAAUUCCAAUGCUAAUUCCUAAAAUAUAGCAAUAACCCCCAGAUUCAGCCAGAUUUAUAAAACAUCACAUGACAAAUGCUAUAUUUACUUUAGAUUCGAACCAGGCUAGAUCACGAGGACACACUAGCGGAUUGAGCAGCAGAGUUGAGAUGUGUUGGCCACUCUGCGGUCAUGGAAUGCUCUCUGUAGUGACACAGAUGUCCCUGGUUCCUCUCCCCCAGACAACCCCAGCCAGGUGUCCAGAGUGGUGGUUGCCAUAGAGACGCUGGACCUGAAUGACAACGCGCCCGAGCUGGACAGAAAAUACACAACAGCCAUGUGUGACUCAUCAGCCACCGGACAGGUCAUUCAGAGAGAGAGAGAGUGUGUGUGUGUGUGUGUGUGUCUGUGUGUGUCUGUGUGUGUCUGUGUGUGUGCUGGCGUGCGUGCGUGUGUAAAAACUCUUUGAAUGUUCUUGUCGAUUCCUUCGAUCGUUUUGUCCAUGCUUCUCUUCCUUCUUUCUGCCUCUAUUUCUGUCUUGCUUUUUCCACGUUGCCAUGUUGUCUCUAUUCCAAUUAUUUGUUGUCUUUGUCCAUCUGUUCAUUCUAUCUGUGUUUGUGUUUAUUCCCUCUUUUGUGUGCCUGUGUCUUUGUUGUUCUGUCUCACGAUCUGUGAAUCUACAUCCCUGUUAGUGAGCAUUUCUCCUUUGCCAAGAUAAUCCAUUCACCUGACAGGUGUGGCAUAUCAAGAAGCUGAUUAAACAGCAUGAUCAUUACACAGGUGCACCUUGUGCUGGGGACAAUAAAAGGCCACUCUAAAAUGUGCAGUUUUGUCACACAACACAAUGCCACAGAUGUCUCAAGUUUUGAGGGAGCGUGCAAUUGGCAUGCUGACUGCAGGGAUGUCCAGCAGCGCUGUUCAUUUAUCUACCAUAAGCUGCCUCCAACGGCGUUUUAGAGAAUUUGGCAGUACAUCCGACCGGCCUCACAACCACAGACCACGUGUAUGGCGUUGUGUGGGCGAACGGUUUGCUGAUGUCAACGUUGUGAACAAAGUGCCCCAUGGUGGCGGUGGGGUUAUGGUUUGGGCAGACAUAAGCUACGGACAACAAACACAAUUGCAUUUUAUCGAUGUCAAUUUGAAUGCACGGAGAUACCGUGACGAGAUCCUGAGGCCCAUUGUUGUGCCAUUCAUCCAUCGCCAUCACAUCAUGUUUCAGCAUGAUAAUGCACGGCCCCAUGUCGCAAGGAUCUGUACACAAUUCCUGGGACCUGAAAAUGUCCCAGUUCUUACAUGGCCUGCAUACUCACCAGAUAUGUCACCCAUUAAGCAUGGCAAAUGGAGGUCACACCAGAUACUGACUGGUUUUCUGAUCCACACCCCUACCUUUGUUUAAGGUAUCUGUGACCAACAGAUGCAUAUCUGUAUUCCCAAUCAUGUGAAAUACAUAGAUUAGGGCCUGAUUUAUUUAUUUCAAUUGACUGAUUUCCUGAUAUGAACUGUAACUCAGUAAAAUCUUUGAAAUUGUUGCAUUUAUAUUUUUGUUCAGUAUAUAAUGGAUCUGAAAAUAAAACAUUUUUACAAGGCCAUUAAAACAGAAAAUAAAGUUGUAUAAUGUAGAAACCCUUUCAAAGUGAGAGCCCUAGCUACUGCAUAACUCAGAAACUUCCUAACGUCUUAUUCCUGGUCUGAAUCACUGCACUAGCACUCUAAAGUCCAUUAAAGAGGUAUGUUGUAUUGCCUGUUCGCCACAGGCAGUAUUUUAAGAGAGUCCCAAUGGUUUAAACUGAGAUAAUAUUCACUAGAUCUAAUAAGAUAAUUUAUUUUUUAAGUGCAUCUCUACAGUCGGAACCCAGGCUUAGUAGAUUGUAUACUGAAAGCCAACCCAGUCAUUCCCUACUCUGUUAAGGCUAGAUAUACUUUAAUUACUUCCUACUUGGUAUUAGAGGUUUUAUCUAGCAGUCUGUUUGUUUUGAUUAGGUAAAUGCUGAACUCUUGCACAGGGAUGUGGGCGGUAGUUAACGGAAUGCGUUGUUACAAAGUACUCUUUCUCUAUCUCUAUUAUUUUCUCAUAUCCCCCUCCUGUCUCUUCUACCUCUCUGCUGCUAUCUAUCUCUUUUCUCUUUCUCUUGUCUGUGUGUCUCUCUCUCCCCUCCUCUCCUCCCUCACCCUCCCCCAUCCUCCCUCACCCUCCCCCAUCCUCCCUCACCCUCCCAAUCGUUCCUCCUCUGUGUCUGGCCUCACACUCUCUCUUAUCUCUUCCGUUCAGGUGGUGCAGGUGUUGCGUGCGAUUGAUAGAGAUGAGGGAGGGAAUGACAGCGCUGUCUAUUUCAGCAUCCCUCCAGAGUCCAGCGUCGCCCUCAACUUCAGCAUCAGGGACAGUGGAGGUGUGUAUAGUCUCUCUCUUUCUCUACGUUUCUCUCACACACACACACACACGUCCCGUCUCGCUCCCCCUCUCUCUGUCUGGCCCCCUCUCUCUCACACACACUCCUCGCCCCCCUCUUCUCUCUCUGUCUCGACCUAUCUCUUCUACCAUCCAUCUCACAGCCUCCGUGCCUCCAUCGUUUACAUCUUUUAUCCUCCUCCCCUUUUGUUUCCCCUGUUGUUUACCUUUGCCUCUACUGUACAUCCAUCUUUUCCAAGUGCUUUUGGACACAUCCUCUGAGGGAAGCUGUGGGAAUAACAUUAUAUAGUAGAAAUUUCAUUCAGUUAAAUUCAGUUGAGUUUCUUGUGUGUUUUUUCCCCUCUCAUGUUGUUUUUCCCUGUCUCGCUCUCUUCCUCCAGGCCCCACCGCCACCCUGUUGCUCCUGUCGCCCCUGCAGCCCCUCUCCCGCUCCUACUCCUCCUCCCUCACGCUACACGUCCCCCUGGUACUGAGGGACGGGACAUCUGGCCUGACCUCCACCGGGACGGUCACCGUGUCCGUCUGCCCCUGCCUGAGAGGAGGGGCCCGGGCUGGGGAGAAGGAGAGGCAGGAGAGGCAGACGGAGGGAGACUGGGAGUGGGAGAGAGAGACGGUGUGUGUCCCCCAGCAGUCCACCUCUCCGUCCCCUGGGCUCAGCACCGCCGCCCUGCUGGCCAUCCUGGCCUGUGUUGCCACUCUGCUGGGUAAAUAUACUCAAACCUAGUUUCAGAGACCCAGAUCCACAGGGUGUGCACUGCAGGCUUUCGUUAUAGCGCACUAGCACAUCUGAUCCAACCAAUCAAGACUUGAUGAUUAGUUGGUUAGUUAUACUUCUGGGAAACACAAGCCUAACUUAGAUCAGAUUGGAUUGGAAUUUUACUGGGAAUGACCUGCUGAAUGCCUAGGUCGGCCCAGUCCCAAUGUGACUGGGGUAGUACAGUACACAGUGUAUCUCUGUCUGACUGGCUGUGGCUCCAAGUCCAAUUACAGAUUUUAGCAUGCAGGGCAGAGAUAUGCUAUACCAACACUCUAAUCUGCCCCUUCUGUGUUUGUUUACUCUCUCUCCCUCCCCACCUCCCACCCCCAGCGGUCAGUGCCCUGUCCCUGUCCCUGCGCCGUCAGAAGCGGGACUCUCUGUCUCCCCUGGAGGAGGACGAUGUGAGGGAGAACAUCAUCACCUAUGACGACGAGGGUGGGGGUGAGGCCGACACAGCCGCCUUCGACAUCGCAGCGCUCCAGAGCGCCCCCCACAGCUCACGCAGGGUAUACCGCACCCUGGACAGCAGGAACAUGUGAGUGUGUGUGUGUGUUUAAUUGAAAGCUGUACUGUGAAGAAACACAGGCAGACAAAACUCCAGUCCUCAAUAGUUCUCAGGAGUCUCUCUAAGACUUAUUGAUCCACUUAGAUCAUUGAUUGCCUCAAAACUAAUCAGCCUCUUAUCUAAAAAUAAACAGGAAAACUAUGACACUUUAUUAUACACUUUGUUGAGCACCACUAACUUCCACUUCCCCUCAAACAUGAUCCAUUGUGCUGAGUGAGAUAUGUCUAUGUUAUGUUAACCCUCAAUGGUAUUUUCUCCUGUAUAAAACUGCUGUAACAUGCUAUAACAUGUCGUCUAGCCUUGUCACACCCUAUCUUCUGUCCCCCAGACGCUACUCCCAGCACGUCCAGGACAAGGCCCGGGAUUACAGCUGGGCCCAGAACCCAGCCCUGGACCCGGCCUACUCCGGUCCCUGGAGGGCCAAUGUACGGCCGCCUCUGCUACAGCAGCCACACCCUUCCUGUUCUCCGACGUACUCCAGGGGGCCAGUUUGAGCCGGGCCUGGCUGAGCUGGCCUACCGCUUCCCUGGGGGCCAGCCGGACCACUCGUUGGUCAUCCAGAAUCAGGGGACAAUGGUGGGGGCCCUGGAGCCAGGGGCCGUGUACAUAGGCCCAGCUGAAAUGAGCAGCAGAGAGAGCAGAGACGGAACAGGCCCACAGAGCGGGGUUAGCACCUCAGAUGAAGGGACACCACGGACCAAUGACAGCCAGGAGAGAGGCGGAGGGGGAGGAGCUAUGAGCAACUGUACAGAGAACAGCAGUGAGCAGCAGAGCCAUAGUCAGGACUCAGUUGACUGGGUAAGAGACAGACACUGUAUAUCACAAUCAGUGAAUAAAUGAACGAACAAACAAAUGAAUGGGUUAUCAUUUGGUGUGGUUAUUUCACUGCUGAUUGAACAGGAUUCUGAGGGGAGAUUAUGAUGAAUAUGUAUGCUUUUUUAAUGUUUUGAUUUAAGAAGCUUUCUGUCUUUCCUUUUUUAACGUUUUCUCUUGAUUUUCUCCUCCCUCUUCAUCCCCCCCUCACAGUGCACUGUUAGCUCUUUCUAGUCCUCAAUUAACCUCUGCUGCUUCUCUUACCUUCUCAACUCUGUUUCUUUUUCACUGUCUGUCUAUUCUUCUUCUGUCUCUCUGCCUUUUGCUUUCUUCACGACGUCUCCUUUCUCUCCCUCAUCUUCCUUAUCUCCCUGUUUCUUUCAUUUGGCCUUUUACUUACUCUCCGGCUUUCUGCUUUAAUUAUUUCCCCAAUUCAUCUCUCCAUUCGUUCCCUUACAAUUCUUUCUCCUCUCAACCGCAAUAUCACAUCUUUGUUAUCCUUUAUCUUCUACUUCCACUUAACAGCGCCGUUCCCUUUCCCUGCCCCUGUCCCGGACUGACCCUCCUCCUCCCCGUUCCCUGCAGGUCCAGUCUGAGACCCUCCCCCGGGAGAGGGAGCACAGCCUGGUCCUGACCCGCUCUGGCUCCGUAGUUGGCCAGGGACACGGUGGUGCCUGGGUGUGUGACUCGGCCACCCUGCCAAUGGCGGGCCGCAGAGCCUCCCGUGCAGGCCUCUCCCCCAAACGCACCGGCACCGGCUCAGCUGAAGGAGGUUCCUCUGGUGGUAGAGGUAGAAGGCCCUGGGGCAAACAGCCCAGACAGCCAGUCUCAGCAGUCAGCCGCCCGCAACUACACCAGUGUCCUGCAGGGGGAGGCAGUGGGACAGAGGCAGGACUACCCUGGGAGCCUGGGGAGGGGAGGGCUGGAGAUUGGCAGCAACUUUGUGGUGGCCAGGCCGGACAGGGAGGGCGGAAGGAUAUCUCUGACUGGGACUUCUUGCGGGAGGAUGUACCCAGAAGGGUUCAUGGCUGACUGGCGGGACAGGGUGGGUAUUGGGGCAUACAUUUUAGGAAGGAGGGAUAUGACCCCCCAGAUGCUGCCCUUCCCAGGGCAAGCCAGGGGCGCAUACGGGGGCAUCAUGGGCUACGGGGCAGGGUGGGUCCCAGGGAUGGAGGCAGGUAGAGGGGGUCCAGUACCAGGUGGUCACUCCUUGGCCCUCAGGGUUGGUGAGUUCCUCCGCCUUCGUCUGGCUCAGGUCACCUUUGACCCCUCGCAGCCUCCCUAUGAUUCAGUGCAGGUGUACGGGCUGGAGGGCACAGGGUCGCGUGCAGGCUCCCUCAGCUCGCUGGAGAGUGAGGGAGAGAAGGAUGCAGAGAAGGAAGAGUGGCGAGGAGGACUGGAGGAGUGGGGUCCGCAAUUUCAGGAGCUAGCCAAGCUGUUCCGAGAUAGAGAGAAAGAAAAAAAAGAGGAGAAGGAGAAGGAUGGGGAGGGAGAGGUCGAGAACAACAAAAAAGAGGCUGAAAAAGAGGAGGGGCAGAAAGAGGGGCAGUCUAGAGAUUAG